AUGGUGUUGUUUCUGUUUAUUUUUACGGCGAAAGUGUUAACUUCUCGGCCCCAAGAAUCUCAGGACUUAAAGAAUGGCAAUCAUCAACUAAAACCUUCACAUUAUGUGAGAACAUUCACUAAAUAUCAUCAUAGGAGAACUAUACAAUGGAACAACAACAACAAUAAUGAUCAAGAUAUUAGUAAUUACUGGCCAGUGUCAAAUGAUCAACCAAAAGCCACAGGUAAAAGAAGUAUUGAUGAUUUAAAUUAUAUUGAAUAUGAGAGGAGAAUUAAUAAAAGAAGUAUACUAGAUGACUCUGUUGUACAAGAAUACUGGCCAGUGCAAGAUCAAAAACUGGAAAAAAGAAGUUUGGAGAUUCUAAAUUCAAAUGAAUUUGUAAGUACCUCUCAAGAGAUAGCCAGGCUAGAUCAGUACACCUCUGAUGCAGUCAGAGGCAACAUUGUCAGUUCUUUUGAGAAGAAAGCGAUAAGCUCUGGCAAGGAAAAUAAUGGAAAAAAUGGUGUACCUGAAAAUGUUAAAAAAUAUAAGGUCAUGGCAGCUAAAAUACCAACUGAAACAACAACUACUAUGGGUCCCACUAUCUCCUGUUUAUAUAAAAUACAUGAUAGUGUUGCAAUGAGUGUUACACCAUCAUAUGACGAUGAACGAAAUGCACAGCUGGUGGUGGAAAAUGAUAGUUUUGAAACGGGUCCAAUAUCUGAAACAACUUUGCCCAACGGUGAAGUGACACAGGUGGAACAAUGUACUGAUACAAGGGCUUCAUGCUACACCCUCUGGCAUCAAGACAAGGCUGGCAACAUUACUAUAUUAGGACAAGGAUGCUGGCGGGCAUCAACAGGUCGUAGAUCCUGUGACCGGUGUACGAAAGUCACCGCAAAGCUACCGGGAAGCAAAUUCUGUUGCUGCUCAAAAGAUUACUGUAAUGCUGAUUUUUUAUCUAUCAAAGAAGAAACAGUCACAAUAACAGCGGAAUCUACAAUGGACACUUCAUCUCAAUCACAUAAUGUUGCAACAUCUAAUAUAGCUGCUAGCGCCAUAUUAGCGUUAGUGGCCAUCUUGGUUAUGGCACUGGUGCUGCGAAAACUAUAUUGUAAUAAGAUUGAGAUUGAUAAGGAUGAUGUGAGCGAUGAUCCCGAUGUGGAGAAAGGAGACGUGAUGGGCACUGGGCCUGAUGCUCUAGCGACUGGGCUUACAUGUGUCGAUAAUUUGACUCUUAUCGAACAUAUAGGUCAAGGCAAAUUUGGAUCAGUAUGGAGAGGUAGCUUGGGAACCUCACCGGUUGCCGUGAAGCUCUAUUCCAACACCCACACCUGGCAACGAGAAGCUGCUGUGUAUGCACUUCCUCAUCUUGCGCAUCCCAACAUACUUAAAUAUUACGGCAGCGACAGCCGCGUGUCGCUGACGGGCGGCGCGCGCUCGCAGCUGAUCGUGGUGGAGCUGUGCGCGGGCCCGCUGCGCGCGCGCCUGCAGGCCGCGCCGCUGUCGUGGCGCGACUUCGCGCACCUCGCGCACGGGCUCGCCGCCGCGCUCGCGCACUUGCACACGCCCGGCGGUAACAAACCCUGCGUGGUACACCGUGACGUGAACAGCAGCAACGUUCUGGUGACGGCCAACGGCGACGCGAGGUUGGCCGACUUGGGACUGGCGCAGUCGUUGCACUCGAGGAGGGAUCGCACGACCCCCACUAGGAUUACUGAGGCGGGCACGCUGCGCUACCUGUCGCCCGAGGCGCUGGAGGGCGCGCUGGACCUGAGCGGCGCGCUGGCGGCGCUGUGCGCGGUGGACGUGUUCGCGCUGGCGCUGGUGCUGUGGGAGAUGCUGUGGCGCACGCGCGGCGCGCACCAGGGGCCCGUGCCGCCCUACGCGCCGCCCUACCAGCACGCCGGCCUGCCGCCCAAGCCCACGCUCGCGCAGAUGCAGAGCUUAGUAUCGCGUAACAAGGCGCGACCUCCCCUUCCCAAGGGACCGGUGCAACAGUCCCGCGCUCUCAAGGUCGCCGUCGACACCUGCGAUGAGUGUUGGGACCAUGAUGCGGAAGCUAGAUUAACAGCUGUAUGCGUGGAGGAGCGUAUGUCAGAACUAAAACAGAUGCUGCACUCCCAGGGACCUCUCAUACACGACAAUAUCCACCCACACUCACAUGCUCAUUACUCCAACUCACCACCGGAGGUCGAGAAAAAUUCAAACUGUACGAGCACACAGAACUGUGAUGUUCACACCCCUUUACUUUACCCACAGCCUCACAUAGGCAGAAACGCUUGUAUAGAGCGCAACACACACACAAACACACAACAGACUACCGUUGAACUUAUACACAAGAGUUUAAAAGACAUAACGGCACCAGUUGAGACCCACAGAGUAUCUAACAUAGAAGAGAACUGUCUCUCUGUUGCCAGAAUAUCUCAUACUCGAAUUCCUAUCCAGGAGAACGCAACGUUAAACGAAAUAAGGUCUUAUCAAAGACCGUUGGAGUAUAUUCCUAAUGACGUCACGGCUCACGAGGAUAGAGGUCCUAAAGAGACUAAUUUGCUUCAAGAUGUAAAAGUCGAAAAACCAAAAUGGGGUAUAAAGAAAUUUUUCGAGAAAUUGAACAGAAGUAAAUUAGAAACUGAAGUUAAAUUGACUGAAAAUUCUCAAAAAACUUUAACUUCCAUUGUAGAUAAACCUUCCAAUAUCGAUAGGCCAUCGAACCUCACUAUAAACCAAGAUCGGGCACCCUAUAACUUUGAAGGACCUUGCACUUUAUCCCCUCCUAAUAGAACUCUCUCUCCUACAAUGAUGAUGGAAUCAGAGAACAAAGUAUUCAGUUUUAAAGAGCUUCCUUCGAGAGAUGACGUCAAAACUCCCAAUCAAGUAUUCGCAGUAAUAGUUCCUAAAGCAAAACCACCUGAUUUUAUCGAAAUGAAAAACAAACGUGGCAGUUCAGAUAGUCUUAAUAAAAGAUCUGUUAAAACGUCUACUUCAUCGCAGAGUAUUUUGAAAUCAAAUUCAGAGUCUGAAGAUUCCACAGUUAAAAAACGGCUGAGUUGUGGUAACGAGAUCAUAGAUAGUGGCAGCUCAUCAAAAGCCAGUAUAAACUUAGAACUCCAAUAUAUAGAUACUCAAGAAAAUUACAACGGAAACAUAAGUCCUUUUGAUCUGAACUCUGAUUGCUCAAGCUCUGAGGAUGAACAUCUUAUGUUAUUAUCAGAAAAUGGUGGUUCAAAAAUCACCAUGCAGACGAUCCCGAAAUCUGACUCCGACAAAAAGAAAUAUCAAAACGUAGUACUAAAAGAAUCUAGUCAAGUCAAAACUGAUUUCACUUUUAAUAAAUUUCAAAAUAAAUAUACGAAUUUCGAUAACGAAUUUAGUGAUCCAAAUGAUAAGGAAAAUUUAGUUAAUGGGUACAGUGGUGACAACCCUGUAUAUCUGGCAGCUCUGAAUGGUGAAAUAGACACAGCAGAAUUGAAGUACAACAUGAGUGGUAGUAGAUCUCCUAAGCCGACUUUGAAGAACUUAGCUAUAAAACGUCAACAUUCUUUGGAGCAAGUAAGUGAAAUCUUCUCUUCUUCUGGGGAUGUGAAUCUUCUGAAUCCGGCGGGUAGGGUGAAAACUCCUGGGGAUUUACCUGUGGCGGUGAGAAGGGCGAGACGCGAUAGGGCUUUGCAGAAGGGUAGAGCUAGUGAGUCUAAUAGAUUGAGUUUGUAUGAUGAUAGAAUGAUGUUCGGUAAUAGCUUGUAG